GGCUCAUUACCUUUUGACUGGCCCUCGUAUAAAAAAAAAAAAACACUGUACAUUGUCAUACAUUUGAAAUGAUGUCGACAGGAUAUGGUGUGUUCAUUGACAAUCAUCCAUUGAUCAUUUUUAAUUGAGGUGUGUUGAAUCAUAAUAGCUUAUUUGAAGUCAGUAUACAAGACCUUGACAUGCAUUAUCAGGGUAUGUAGGAAAAUAUGGCUAUCAAAGUAAAAAUGCUGUCUGGCUCGCUCCACAGAAACAGUUGGCGACUCUUCUGACAGACCUUGCCUGCAUCAGUUCAGCUCUACUCAUUUACGAAAAGCUGCAGCUAUGGGAAGAUGUUAUCAUAUGCUAUGAGAGACUUGGCCAACAUGGCAAGGCUGAAGAGAUUGUUCGUAGGGAGUUGGAGAAGAAGGAGACUCCGAGUCUGUACUGCCUACUCGGGGACAUCUUAAGAGAUCAUCAGUAUUAUAACCGGGCUUGGGAGCUAUCAGGCCAUCGCAGUGCCAGAGCCAUGCGCUCCAAAGCCCUGCUACAUCUGCAUAACAAGGAGUUCCAGCAGUGUGUUGACUGCUUUGAACAGUCACUUAAAAUCAACGUUCUGCAGCUUGGUGUGUGGUUUUCCCUCGGUUGUGCCUACUUGGCCUUGGAGGGCUACGAGGGAGCGGCCAAGGCUUUCCAAAGAUGUGUGGGACUGGAGCCAGAUAAUGCAGAAGCAUGGAACAAUCUCUCUACAGCAUACAUCCGCCUACGAAAUAAAAACAAAGCCUUCCGCACCCUCCAGGAAGCCCUCAAGUGCAACUUCGAACACUGGCAGAUAUGGGAAAAUUUUAUUGUUGUCAGUGUUGACAUCGGUGCCUUCACUGAAGCCAUCAAGGCCUACCAUCGUCUAAUGGAUCUCAGGGACAAAUACAAGGACAUCCCGGUAAAUAAAAAACGCCUCCCUUAACACAAAGAGUCAACU